GCACUCACCAGAAAAUUUUCAUUGGUAAUAUAAUACAAACGAAUAAAAAUUAGAAAGAUUUAUAAACAUCGCGUAAGAAAAAUCGAGUAGUGACCUAUUUUUUAUAUUCCGGAAAGAGACGAGCAAAGCCGACCUGUGCCAGCUGAUUAUAUGGAGAGACAAUGCUCAUAGAAUGCGAAAGAAAACCGUUUAAAAAUAUGAUCUGGUAAGUUAAUUUACUUCUAACCUAACAAAAAGUGAUCAAUAUAUGAUUGGGCUUGCGAUUAGCAUGUAAAAUCCGUCGUUUAAGCGAUUUAAGCAAAAUAUGUAGCGGAGCGGCUGACAUGUAGAGGUGAUUGACCUUUGAGCAACAAAGAAUCCAUCGAAUACGGUAAUAUAAAGAAGGCAUAUGGCGUCCGACCACUAAUUUAAGCCAUAUUUUCGUAGCCUAGUAUCUUAACUUGAACUCUAGCACCAAGCAUACUUUAUAGCCGACCUGGUUGUAGAUACUUGCUAAAACAAAAACAGGACGCAAGACGAAAUUCUUGCACAUUUUUGCCUGUGUGGAAGCAGUAUACUUCAGGUAAAAACAAAAACUGAAGGCACAGAGCAUGUGUAUGCUGAUGUAAUAUUAUAUGAGUCAGAUAAAGGCUUACACGAAAGAGCUCAAUAGCAUGUUAUUUUUGCAGGCGACGGCUAUGGUAAGUGAACGAAAAACGGGUCGAAGGCGACGCCAGAGCAGUCCAAUCGAAAUCGAAGCUAUGACGACGGUAAGGAUAAGACCGACUUGCGAAGACACAACAGAAUUCGUAGGAAGGAGGAAGAAGGCUAGCAUGGCGAGGUCGAUAUCGCCUUCGGGUUACUCGAAUAGACGCGAUUCGUUGACCGAAUCGUUAGCGCUGAUGUCCCGAAGUUGUGAAGAUCACAGUAGUCUUAAACAAAAUAUCGAACGAUUGAGAGAAACCUCGAUGAGGGACCCGUCUUCGUUCCCUUUAGAUAGCCUCGCUCCUGAACUUAAAGUGAAAAUUCUUGAGCAUUUACCCGUCAGGGAACGUGGUCGUAUGGGUUUAGUUAACAGACAAUGGAGGAGCUUAAGCAGGACCUGUAGUCUAUGGAGUAGAGUUGACCUAACCGAAUUUCCCCUAUGUUAUCACAACCAAUGCAAAAGCCCUCAACUUUGCUACUCUUUUUAUAAAAAGAAAGUGAAAUCUUUUAUUCGCUUCCUCAUCAACAUCAAACCGAACGUUAGAAGUUUUACAAUGGCCUUCGAUCUGCAGCAAGAGCACGAAGAUGGUUGGAAAAGCGCGAUGGAACAACUUCUGGGACAAAUGAAUUGCUCCGAUUUAAUGUCGGCUUGCCUCAACUGGACUGAUACACCUGUAAAGCCACUUGGUAUAGAGCACAAUAAAACUUGGGGAGCAUCGGAUUAUCGCGACAUGCGCUACAAUCAGCGUCUUCGUCAAAGGAAGUUUAUCAGCUUUUUCGACUAUUUCACGUUAUUAGCGUCGAACGUCCGCAGCUUAUGUUUACCCUUCGAUUGGUCAGAUCGAUCGAUGUUGUCCUUGUCGCGCCUAUCGAAUCUGGAAUGUUUAUCUGCGCUUCACUAUGGACAUUUUAAAGUGCCGGGUCAAAAGAACAUAGACAGGCUAUUUAGCAGUUUACCGAAUUUGAAAAGCGUCUCCUUGCAGGUCGUCUCCACUUAUUCCUGCGCAUUCUCUAUCCGAUCGAGUCAGCUUGAGUUGAUGGAUCUGAGUUCAUGCAGAGGAAUCUACUUGAUUCAAUUGCGAACGCCCAAUUUAACUAGCCUUAAGCUACCGCAAAUCUCGCGUAGCGCCUAUGUUUGUUAUCAGGAAGAUGAUCCGCUUCCUUGUGUUGCGGACGUCCUAAAAGAAGGAGCUCCUAAAGUUCACUUGUUAAACGGAUCUUCGAACUUUGACGAUGUGCUUAGUACCGUGUGCGCUUGUAGUCGUCAUUCGAACGUUUACGACUGA